AUGGCCUGGCCAACGACCCUCGCGACACUGCUGAGCCCAGCUCCUUCGCAGAUUGCACCCACUUUCACAGUGCUCGGGGCCGCAUUUCAUCAGUGCAUUCGCACCUUGGAAAUCGACAACCGUAUCAAGUCACUCUUGGCCUUGUACCUGGGAGCUUGGUUGGCCCUGUGCGGCACCUAUAUCUGUGUAUACUCUCUGGGCACAUUCUGUGUGAUUGGACGCUCCCUGCUUGCCGCAUGUUGUUUCAAUUUCGGACUCGCGAUCAGUAUCCUGAUCUACCGCGCCUUUUUCCAUCGCCUCAGUCGGUUUCCAGGCCCAUGGGACGCUAAAUUGAGCCGGCUGUUCCCGCUUCAGCAGGGGAUUAAACAAACUCAGUACCACCUGGAUCUCCAAAAAUUGCACCAACAGUAUGGCGACUUUCAAUGGGGCUUGAAAAGCGACAAGACCCCGCAAGACGUCAUCUCCUGGCUAGUGAAAGCCCUCGAGGAGAAAGACCAAGUUGCUCCACCAGGCGCCCAGGCUCUCAACGACGAUGGCCGUCUCAUAAUCAUCGCCGGAAGUGACACCACGGCCAGAACCCUCGCCCACGCACUAUAUUAUCUGGUCAAGACUCCCUCUGCAUACCAAAGUCUACUAGAAGAACUUGACAACGCCUUUGGAAGUAAAGCCGAUACCUCGGAAUUCACUAACGAGAAGCUCUGCCACCUUCCUUGCCUCCAAGCCGUCAUCAACGAGACCCUCCGCCUCAAGCCUGCCGUGCCUAGCGUUAACCCCAUACUAACUUCACCACAUGGUCUACAUAUUGAGGAAGUUUGGAUCCCAGGCGAUACGAUCGUUGUGAUACCGCAGUAUGUGCUUCAGCGCGAUGAGCGCUAUUUUCCCUCCGGUUCGGAAUUCAUUCCGGAGCGUUGGCUGGAAGGAAAGAAUGAUUUUUCUAAGCAUGAGGAAGCAUACUUCCCAUUUCAAAUAGGUCGGUACUCCUGCGUUGGAAAGUAG